GUAAUGAGGUCCGGGCGGCCGCCCCCCCUCCUGCUCUGCAGCUACCAUUGUGAGGUGAGGACAGGUGGGGGGGUUUGGGGCGGCGGCGGGCCCUGCGGCGGCGGCCGGGGCGCGGCACCCACAUGGGACCCCCUCAGCCAUGUUACAGAAGAUCACCUUGUCUUGUGUGAGUAGAGACAUAGCGAACAGAUGAAUCUAUUCAGCCAAGCACUGCUCCUGUAAAUAGCUGUCACCAUGGAGCACCACAGCAGGGACGAGAUGGACUCGAAAGAGGAAAGUCCACAGGUGUGGUCUGAAUCUGCUGAGCAGGAACAGAAUACUGCUCAGGUGCAUUUUGUCCCUGAAGGUGGAACAGUGGCACAAAUUGUGUACAGUGAUGAUCAGGACCGUCCCCCGCAGCAGGUGGUCUACACAGCAGAUGGCACCUCUUACACCUCAGUGGACACCUCGGAGCACACGUUGGUUUACAUCCAUCCUGUGGAGGCUACGCAGACUCUGUUUACAGACCCGUCCCAAGUGGCUUAUGUCCAGCAGGAUGCCACAACACAGCAGGUAACUGUGCUCUUGCCUGCCGCUGCUCAGAGCAUGAAUUCCACCAACCUCUCCGUGCUCGGCAACGUUGCCGAAUCCCCACAGCAAAUGGCUCUGGAGCAGGGUCCACAAGCAGACAGAGCAUCAUUACCAGUGCAUAACCAGGUAUUACCUCCUAUGGAGGCAGUGGAUGGUUCUGAUCCUUUAGCACCUUUGCAGAACCCAAUGGGGAGGAUGGAAACGAAAGAGGAAGAUGAUGACGACGACGAGGAUGAUGAAGAUGAAGACGAAGAUGGGGAAGACACCGACUUGGAUGAAUGGGACCCAGAUCCACCUCGACCCUUUGACCCCCAUGAUCUGUGGUGUGAAGAGUGUAAUAACGCACAUCCCUCGGUGUGUCCGAAACAUGGACCCUUGCACCCAAUCCCAAACCGGCCAGUGCUGACCAGAGCAAGAGCCAGCCUGCCCCUGGUGCUCUAUAUAGACAGGUUCCUGGGCGGAGUGUUCUCCAAAAGACGCAUUCCCAAACGCACACAGUUUGGCCCCGUGGAGGGACCGCUGGUCAGACAAACUGAACUGAAAGACUGCUACAUCCAUUUAAAGGUGUCUCUUGAGAAGGGUGACAGAAAAGACAGGGAUUUACAAGAGGAUCUGUGGUUUGAGCUGUCCAGUGAGGCGCUUUGUAACUGGAUGAUGUUUGUGCGUCCAGCCCAAAACCACCUGGAGCAGAACCUGGUGGCAUACCAGUAUGGCCACCAUAUUUAUUAUACAACAAUUAAGAAUGUGGAGCCCAAACAGGAACUGAAGAAUGCAGCUCUUCAGCAUCUGUUCAUCCGAAAGUCCUUCCGUCCCUUCAAAUGCCUGCAGUGUGGGAAGGCGUUCCGGGAGAAGGACAAGCUGGAUCAGCACCUGCGAUUCCAUGGGCGGGAGGGGAACUGCCCUCUGACCUGCGACAUCUGCAAUAAGGGUUUUAUCAACAGCGGCGCUCUGGAGAGUCACAUGAAGUUCCACUUGGACCAGAAAACAUAUUCCUGUAUUUUCUGUCCUGAGUCUUUUGACCGCUUGGACCUGCUCAAAGAUCACGUGGCAAUCCACGUCAAUGAUGGCUAUUUCACCUGCCCUACCUGUAAAAAGCGCUUUCCCGAUUUUAUCCAGGUGAAGAAGCAUGUGCGCAGCUUCCACUCGGAAAAGAUUUACCAGUGUACGGAAUGUGACAAGGCUUUCUGCCGUCCCGACAAGCUGCGGCUCCACAUGCUGCGACACUCGGACCGCAAGGACUUCCUGUGCUCCACCUGUGGCAAGCAGUUCAAGAGAAAAGACAAGCUCCGGGAGCACAUGCAAAGGAUGCAUAAUCCAGAAAGAGAAGCUAAGAAAGCUGAUCGAAUCAGCCGCUCCAAAACCUUCAAGCCUCGGAUAGCUUCCACCGACUACGAGAGCUUCAUGUUCAAAUGCCGACUGUGCAUGAUGGGCUUCCGGCGGAGAGGCAUGUUGGUGAAUCAUUUAUCAAAGAGACAUCCAGACAUGAAAAUAGAGGAGGUGCCAGAGCUAACAUUGCCCAUCAUCAAACCCAACAGAGAUUACUUCUGUCAGUACUGUGAUAAGGUGUACAAGAGUGCCAGCAAACGCAAAGCCCAUAUUCUGAAGAACCAUCCCGGUGCUGAGCUACCUCCGAGUAUCCGGAAACUGCGCCCAGCGGGACCGGGAGAGCCAGACCCCAUGCUGAGUACUCACACCCAGCUCACGGGCACAAUAGCCACUCCACCAGUCUGUUGUCCUCACUGUUCCAAACAGUACAGCAGUAAGACCAAGAUGGUACAACACAUUCGCAAGAAGCACCCUGAGUUUGCUCAGCUCCCUAACACGAUACACACGCCCUUGGCAGCAGCCGUCAUCAGUUCCACCCCUGCAGUUUUAACCACUGACAGCACUACUGGAGAGACCGUUGUGACAACAGACCUGCUGACGCAAGCAAUGACAGAACUGUCCCAGACCCUGACGACAGACUAUCGAACCCCACAGGGAGAUUAUCAGCGAAUCCAGUACAUCCCUGUGUCACAAUCUACAGCUGGCCUGCAGCAGCCCCAGCACAUACAGCUGCAGGUUGUGCAAGUGGCCCAGGCUACCUCACCUCACCAGUCCCAGCAUUCCACGGUGGACGUUGGACAGCUGCAUGACCCCCAGACGUACACCCAGCAUGCCAUCCAGGUGCAGCAUAUCCAGGUCACAGAGCCAUCCCCAACAACUCAAUCGUCAUCACAGGUGGGAGCUCAGCCAUUGAGUCCCUCAUCACAACAGUCUCAGCAGGAACUCAGCCCCUCCCAAAUGCAAACGACGACAUCAGCACCAAGCCAAACUCUCCAGCAACAGCAAGGAUCCGCAGUCCAGCACACGUAUCUACCCAGCACAUGGAACUCAUUUCGUAGCUACCCAUCAGAAAUUCAGAUGAUGACCAUCCCACAGGGUCAGUAUGUGAUCGCAGAGACCGCGGUAGGCACUCCUGUCACCACAGUGAACACAGGGCAAGUGAAAGCGGUCACCCAG